CUCCCUCUCUCUCUAUCUCUUCCCACGCGACUCCUGGCUCCCUUCCUCUUCCUCCAAUCCGUGUUGUCAGCGGACGCCGGCCCUCCUCCAAUCUCCCCCUUCCUCUUCUUCGAUGAAUUCUGUCGAUUCUCAAUCCAUAAGCUAUUAACUCCUUUAUUGAUUUUUCUGCUUUCUAGGGUUUUCUUGGCAGGGAAGGAAGCUGAGAAUAUGAAGUAGGAUUCUUUGCUCCUGGAAAUUUGAUGAGUUCUGUGAGGUGGCUUUGUGACUGAUUUAGGUGACUGAUGAGUAAAAAUGUCUAUUCCAGUGUGGAUGGGAUUCAAGUCAUAAUUUUCUCUGUUGCUGACUGAAGUUUAAGCAAUAUUAGCACUGUAAUGUACAGAAAACAUGCCUGAAGUUGUUAUUGAUGUUGAUACUGGGAGAAAACGGAGAUUACCUACAUGGAUGCUGCAGGUGAGCUCCCCUGAUAAACAAAGAACCUCUCAAAAUGGAGAUAGAACAUGUUCACUAUUGAAAGAUCAACCGGAGACUCAGGUUGCUGGGUCUAAAAGGAAAAGGAUAUUGACUCAAGAUACGGAUGGUUCGGAUAAACUGGAUCUCUUACAAAGGUGCGAGGCACAACAAGGAACCAGAAAAGCAAGGAGAAGAGGUUUAGGUUUGGAUAACUCCACACUUGGUGAGGCUAAGACAAAACAUAAGAAGGAAGCUGCUGGAGGUGAAAGAAUGUUGGAUUAUAGGGAUACCACAAAGAAGCAAAAGCUAAAGAGCAAGAGAUCCAAGAACAGUGACCCGCAAGGUCUGUCACCAGGAAAGGAGGAUGAAAUAGAAAUGACAGUUGAAGAUCUGGUGAGCAUGGCUGAAGAGUAUGUAAAUGCUGAUAGGGAGAAACAGCAUGAACACUCGAUCACAAGAGAAUCCCAUUCAGAAACACACCCUUCAAGCUUGUUAGCUUCCUCGUAUGUUGAUGCUGGCAGACCUAUCCAAGCUGCUGGAUCUGGGAAGAUGUUAUCCAAAUGCACAACAACUAGUUCAAGUUCUCAUUCAACUAAUACUGAAAGGAAUAAAGGGAAAAGCCCUGGAGCUGAAAAUGUUGCCACUAAUAUCUCAGGAACUGGGGAUGCUGUUCAAGAUAUGUUGCACCUCUUUAUAGGUCCUCUGCUGAAGAAACCUCUAGCCAUAGAGCAAGAAAAUGGGGCAACUAAAACAGAAAGCAUGAACAUACCCAAUGAAACUGGCAAACAAGACAGAAUCGGGGAAGUGUGGAGCGAAGAAGGAACGUUGAUUUUGACAAAAAAGAAGAGCAGCUUGAAGGAUAAGGUGGCCAUGUUUCUUGACUAGGUGCACUAUCUGGAAAUCGGUUGUGAGCCAGCCAUUUGCUUCCAGUGGAAAACUGAGAGGCAAUUCUUGUUUGGAGUAAGAUGCACAGAUGCAGAACACAUCCUAUUCAAUUUGUUGUUAUUUGGCAUUUGUAUAGUUGGAGCUUAUAUCCACACAUGAAGUAUUUAGCACUAUUGUAGUUAUUGCAGUGUAUAUAUAUUGCCACCAAUACAAGUGUAAUCACAUUGCAUCCAUUUAAUAAGUACAGCCCAAAGUUGAAAUUGAUUAUAUGUUGAUUCAAUC